UGUCAGUGUCAUGAUAUGUCAAAUAAAAAAAAAUGGUUAAGUAGUUUAGCUGCAUGUUAUGUUUGAUGGUGAAAAAUUAUAAAAUAUUUUUAUCAUGGUUUUAAAAUAAUAGCUUGAUUUCUAGUUUCUGAGAAGAUGAAGCUGGUUUUUAAAAACAUCGAGAAAGAUGGCUGUGGGAGUAUUGGGCUUAUUCCUGAAGAGCCGGAGGAUAUGUGGCACGCAUACAACCUCAUUGCUGAAGGUGAUGCGGUGACGGCAUCGACAGUACGUAAAGUACAGACGGAAUCUUCCACAGGAUCUUCUACGAGUAACAGAGUGAGAACUACACUCACAAUACGAGUGGAAAACAUCGACUUCGAUACACAAGCAUGCAUGUUGCGACUAAAAGGCCGGAACAUUGUAGAAAACCAGUAUGUUAAGAUGGGAGCAUAUCACACUCUGGACUUGGAAUUGAAUCGAAAAUUUACUUUGCAAAAGACACUAUGGGAUUCAGUAGCAUUAGAAAGGGUGGACAUGGCGUGUGAUCCAGCUGCUAAUGCUGAUGUUGCCGCUGUGGUGAUGCAAGAGGGCCUGGCACACGUGUGUCUUAUCACACCCUCAAUGACAUUGGUUAGGUCUAAAAUAGACAUCACAAUACCAAGGAAAAGGAAGGGGUUUGUACAGCAACAUGAAAAGGGUUUGAACAAAUUCUAUGAUGCUGUAAUGCAAGGAAUCCUUAGACAUGUAGAUUUCAGUAUUGUAAAAUGUGUGAUAAUAGCAUCUCCUGGGUUUGUCAAAGACCAGUUCUUUGAUUAUAUGAUGCAGCAGGCCAUAAAGACAGAUAAUAAAUUGCUAAUGGAAAAUAAAGGAAAGUUCCUGUUGGCAAAGGCUUCCUCAGGAUUCAAGCAUUCUUUAAAAGAGGUCCUUCAAGAUCCUGCAGUGAUUUCCAAAAUCUCCGACACAAAGGCUUCUAGUGAAGUGAAGUUACUUGAAAGUUUCUACACCAUGCUCCAGCUGGAGCCGGCUAAAGCAUUCUAUGGGAAGAAACAUGUUGAACGAGCCAAUGAGGCCAUGGCUAUAGAGACUCUUAUGAUAUCUGAUAAACUUUUCAGGUGCCAAGAUGUACAGCAAAGAAAAGAGUAUGUGGCUCUCGUGGAUUCGGUGCGAGAAAAUGGUGGUGAUGUUAGGAUAUUUUCCAGUAUGCAUGUUUCUGGCGAACAACUGGAUCAGCUUACUGGAAUAGCAGCUAUUCUCAGAUUCCCCAUGCCAGAGCUUGAGGACAGCGACGCAGAAGACGACAGUGAUUCAGACUAAUUAGUUAAUAACUUUUAUUAAAGAGAACCACUCCUCUUUUUUAAUUUCUAGAACCUAAGUGUAACAAAAACUUUCCUAAAACCGCGUCAAAAUCGGUUCAGCGGAACGCAGGAUAUUCACAGACAAACAUGCAGGUCAAAAUGAAACUACUUUUUAUUUGAAGGCGGUUUAAGCAAAUCAUAGUAAAAUAAAGAUUAUGUGUUUCCCAGAACGUUGGUUGCCCAUUAAAUGUAAAUAGUUAUGUUAAAUAUCAUAUUAAAUGAAAUGCUAUUCCUCUCUAUUAUUUUAAUUAUGUAGUACAAGUAUCCAUUUCUGCAAGAAUAGCUUUAAACUAUCUGUUGACCAUAUUGUUGUACUGUAUAUAUAAAUACUUAGACAAAUAAAACAUUUUGUUUUCAUAAAUGCAACAUUUAUUUUCAUUUACGCAGAAGCGGCUUCAAUGGCUUGCAUUCUUUGUUUCUUUUUCUCAUUCUUUUUUUCAACCUUAGCCUUCUCGUCAUGAAGGCGCCUCUUCUUUCUGAGCAGCCAUAUUUCCUUCUUACGUUGUUCCCGCCCAGCCUUCAUGCUCUUGUAGAGG